AUGGGGAACCGGAUAGGCGGGCGGCGCAAGUCCGGGGUGGAGGAGCGGUUCACGCGCCCGCAGGGGCUCUACGAGCACAAGGACAUCGACCAGAAGAAGCUGCGCAAGCUGAUCCUCGAGGCCAAGCUCGCGCCCUGCUACCCGGGCGCCGACGACGCCGCGGCCGGCGGAGGGGACCUCGAGGAGUGCCCCAUCUGCUUCCUGUACUACCCAAGCCUCAACCGUUCAAAGUGUUGCUCAAAGGGGAUAUGUACAGAGUGUUUUCUUCAAAUGAAACCGACUCAUACUGCUCGGCCUACACAGUGCCCAUUCUGCAAAACGCCCAAUUAUGCUGUGGAGUAUCGUGGUGUGAAAACAAAGGAGGAAAGGAGCAUAGAGCAGUUUGAAGAACAGAAAGUCAUAGAAGCACAGUUGAGGAUGCGCCAAAAAGAACUCCAAGAUGAAGAAGCUAAAAUGAAAAGAAAACAGAGCAGGUGUUCUUCUAGCAGAACAGUAACCCCAACAACAGAAGUUGAGUAUCGAGAUAUUUGCAGCACAUCCUUUUCAGUGCCAUCAUAUCAAUGUACUGAGCAAGGAAAUGAAUGCUGUUCAUCUGAACCUUCAUGCUCUAGCCAGGCUAACAUGCGGCCUUUCCAUUCUAGGCACAACCGUGAUGAUAAUGUUGAUGUGAAUCUGGAGGAUAUGAUGGUUAUGGAAGCAAUUUGCCGUUCCAUUCAGGAACAAGGACAUCUAGUGAAUCCUGUUUGUGGCAGCUACUUUCCUGUAAUCGAGCCACCAUCACGUGAAAGGCAGGCAUUUCUUCCAGCUGCUCCUCUAGAAAUGCCUCAUCCAGGUGGAUAUUCUUGUGCAGUUGCGGCUUUGGCUGAGCACCAGCCAGCAAGCAUGGAUUUCUCUUACAUGGCUGGCAGUAGCACAUACCCAGUCUUUGACAUGAUCCGGCGACCAUGCAACAUGUCCAGUGGAAGCUUGUGCGGCGUCGAGAACAAUUCACUAGACACCUGGAGUGGGAUAGCACCAAGUUGCAGCAGAGAAGUGGUAAGAGAGGAGGGAGAGUGCUCAACCGACCACUGGUCGGAGGGUGCGGAGGCGGGAACAAGCUAUGCCGGAUCGGACAUCAUGGCGGAUGCAGGGACCAUGCAACCGCUGCCCUUCGCUGAGAAUUUCACCAUGGCUCCAAGCCACUUCCGCCCAGAGAGCAUCGAGGAGCAGAUGAUGUUUUCCAUGGCCGUGUCACUAGCAGAAGCUCAUCAUGGUAGGACGCAAGCGCAAGGGCUGGCAUGGUUGUAA